GGAAAGCCUGAAUUUAUCAGAAGUCUGAAUGUGCGAAUAUAAAACCAACUUUACCGAAGUGUAUUAAUUGACUCGUAUGUAAAAAUUAUCUGAUUAUUGAUAAAACGAUAGCUUAAUCUCUUUGUUUGAUGACAAAAGCUCCAAUUUUCACCUCAUUUAUUAGAUCUCUUGUACCUUGUCUUUAGAAUAUAUCACUUGUAAACUUUAACUUAAAAAGCAAUUUCAUUACUGCAACAGACUGUGAUCAACACUUUAAAAGAUACACCUCACUUUAUUUAAUUAAUUUUGUUAUAGUCUGUGGGAAAUAAAGUAGGCUAAAUAAAUAAAAACCAAUGACCAAAGGUAUAUGAUAGAUUUUAUGUUGGUCUCAGCAUUGAAAGUAUGUGGACUGAGGCUCCUUUUUCCUCUGUCAAAGCUGUAUCCUAUGUUUUAACAUAUGGUUUUCUAUGUACCAGAACCAUUUCCAUAUAAGGUUCUACUAGGAGUGAAUGUGAGACAGGGAAUGGUCUCUGCUUUCUGUAUUACCAGAAUAGGAGAAGGUCCUUGGGAUUUUAAGGGACCUCAUGGGUACCUGACCAGUAGAUGACCAUAUUUAGGCUUGUUUUUCCAUAUGUAUCACAUUCCUAUACCAUAAGCUAUAUGAUAUGAUGUAUUCUCUUUCUCAUUGGCUGAAACUAUACUACACCCCUUGUACUCUUUCUAUAUAUUCUCUCUUUUCUUAUCAAUAAAAUGAGACUAUAUUCUCCCUCAGCGCUGAGUGAUUGCUCAUUCAAUUGCCAAAUAAGAGGUCUGGGAUGAGGCAUGAAUUAGGAGCAAAAACCUAACAGUAUAGAUCUGCUUCUCCCAUUACACAGCAACUGGUGUUCAGUGAAGCUCCUCCAAUAUAUGUUACAACAUGAAUCAUCCAGAACACUGCAGAAUAAAACAUAGAGAUACUGAAAAUCUAAGAGACCUCAUGGAAGACAACAAGGAAAGUGAAGAACUGAGAGGAGUGAAGGAUAAACAUCAUCAUGUCAAAACUGGUGAAAAAUCUUUGAGUCGCUCACAGACUGAAAUUGAUUUAGUAAAAAGGAGAGCCAAAAAGCCCUCAGUGACCUGCCCUCAGUGUGGGAAGAGUUACACAUUAAAAAAAUGCCUUCAGGAUCACAUGAAGAUCCACACUACAGAGAACCUGCACACAUGUGAUCAGUGCGGUAAGAGUUUUAAAAAAAAAACAAGUCUUCAGGAACACAUGAGGAUCCACACUGGAGAGAAGCCGUACACAUGUGAUCAGUGUGGGAAGAGUUUCCCAUACAAAAACUGUCUUAAACUUCACAUGAGAGUUCAUAGUGGAGAGAAGCCGCACACAUGUGAUCAGUGCGGGAAGAGUUUUGCACAAAAAGGAACCCUUAAGGAUCACAUGAGGAUCCACACUGGAGAGAAGCCGUACACAUGCGAUCAGUGCGGGAAGAGUUUUGCACAAAAAAGCUCCCUUGAUGAACACAUGAGGAUCCACACCGGAGUGAAGCCGCACACAUGUGAUCAAUGUGGGAAGAGUUACAGAAAGGCAUGCAGUUUAAAAUUACAUCUGCGUUCUCAUUCUGGAGAAAGGCCGUUUAACUGUGAUCAGUGCGGGAAAACAUUUUUUAGGGGAGAUGCGCUGAAGGACCACAUGAAAGUUCACACACAGGAGAAGCCUUACACGUGUACUUUGUGUGGAAAGAGUUUUAGUCAAUCAGGUACUCUAAAAUUACACCAGAAAAGACACAAUGGUGUGAAGGAUCAUAUGUGCUUUGAUUGUGGGAAGACUUUUGUUAGAGAUGCUGAACUGAAACUGCACCAGAGAAUUCACAGUGAAGAAAAACCUUACAAGUGUUCAAUCUGUGACAAGAGAUUCAGUCGAUCAGAUUAUAUAAAAAUACACGAGAGGAUCCACACCAGAGAGAAGCCUUACAAGUGUUCACACUGUGACAAGAGAUUCAAAUGGUCAGAAUAUCUGAAAAAACAUGAGCGGAUCCACACUGGAGAGAAGCCGUAUCACUGCCCUCCGUGCGGGAUGAGUUUCACUUAUUUAGCUUCUUUACACAAUCAUACAAAAAACAAAUGUCUGAAAUCAUGUAGGAAUUCAUCUUCAGAUCCAGCACAUUAAAUGACACUGUGUCCUCACCAAACAAUAAAAACAAAACUAUAAGCAAUAAAAUCUAUCUCUUCUAUAUAAAUCUGCCCAAACCAACCACAACAAGCGACAGGAAAAUGAAACAUUGAGUUCUUGCUCUUUACUAUAGUUUCAUUUAUCUGUAUCUUUCAUAUUGUAAUGUAGUUUGGGCGAGCACUUUUCCUACUAUUCUUCAAAAAAUGUUUAUCCUUCAGAAACGUUUUGUUAGGAUUGCAACCCGAUCAAAUGCAUACACUUCAUCUGCUUCUUUAUUUCAGAAACUUCAGGUUCUUAACGUUUAUGAUAUUAACAUUUCUCAAAUUUGUGUUUUCAUUUAUAAGAUCAGGUGAAUGUAACAUUCCUGAGCAAUUUAAGAUGUAAUUUAAAGUAAUUUCACAGGUUCGCUCACUAACUAGUCAAUUCCAAUGGUUUGUCCCAUCCAGCAGAAAAAUGUUCUUCUUUAAUAUGUUAUAAAAACAAAAUGUACAAAGAAUCAUUUAUUGCAGCUUUGUAAUUAUGCUUUUUUGUUUCUGGAGUAUGUUAUUUUGGGGUUUUUGUAAUUGUAAUUAACUUGUUGCAUAUACAUUUAUAUAUUUUUAAUUUAGUUUUUUUUUUCUUCUUUAAUUUCACAGUGAAUUUCUUCUUUUUGUUUAUAUGUGGAGGCUUUAAAUAAGCCCUUUCAGGUGUUCUGCCUCUCCCUGCACAGUAUAUGUAUUGUACUUUUUUUAUAUUGUAUAUAUUUUAUAUUUGUGCAAAUAAACUAAUCCAACUAAACCAAAAACAUCAUCUGAAGUUGUUACAGUGAAGACAAGCAGUUUCAAGUGUGAGAUUCAGAUCAACUCAAAGAUGGAGUUU